AUGUCUUUGACGUUCUAUCAUCGUCGAAAGGACGGCACCAUCAAGCCAGUCAAGAUGUCCAUCUUCGAUACUUUCCGAAUCCCCGAGACCAGGUCACGACGACAACCGUGUCCUUGCUGCGGCAAACGCCAUGAUCCGAAGCAUACACCAGAGGCGUCUCCAAAGCCAGCGGAAGUGAAGGACGAAGCCAAGAAGGACAACAAUGCCAAGGAAGCCGACGAUGAGAUCAUGCUACGUAUGAAGGCCGAAAACGCAAGCGCUCAGUGGAAAGACAUCCUCGCAGCCACAAGCUACACCGAUCUCAAGGAGCUCAAGGCACGUUGGAGCGAGAUCAAGGGCAAGCUGCCGGAGUUCAAGAAGGAAAUGGAAGGCAAAUACGAGUCCUCGAAGAAGGCCAAAGACUCAGACAAAGAAGCCAUCGCCGCAAAGAAGCGCGAGGAAGGCCUGAAGAGAAAGCAAGAGCUCAAAGAGAAAAAAGAAGCCGAGGAGAAGGCCAAAGAAGACAAGCGAAAGGCCGGAAACGAAUUCACCGACAUACAGAUGUGGAACGAUUCGUACGAAAGACGCAAGUGGAAACUUCUGGCUUCAAAGCAUUAUGACAAGACUGGUGAACGUAUUUCGCCAGAGACGGCUCGCAAGAUGGUCGAGGACGGUGGGUGGCCACACAAGGUCCCUGGCAGCUUGGGCAUCUGA